AUGGGCUGCUCUAUAUUCUUGGUUCCUCCUCCUUUUGCAGGACUGAGGCCAUCCGUCUUGAGAGAUGAGAUCGCGGGCCGGCUCUCGUCGGCACCAGCAUCUGCCUCGUCGCCGGUGUGCCGUGGACACCCGUCCCCCCAAACGGGGGAGACUGGGUUCGCCGCGGCCAGGGGCGGAGGCGGGGACGGCUGUGUGCAGGGUGCCACCUGCCAAACGGAGGCGGGAGAGACGGUGCCGCGACUGAGGCCAUCCGUCUUGAGAGAUGAGAUCGCGGGCCGGCUCUCGUCGGCACCAGCAUCUGCCUCGUCGCCGGUGUGCCGUGGACACCCGUCCCCCCAAACGGGGGAGACUGGGUUCGCCGCGGCCAGGGGCGGAGGCGGGGACGGCUGUGUGCAGGGUGCCACCUGCCAAACGGAGGCGGGAGAGACGGUGCCGCGCGGGAGGACACCCGAGGAUGCUGCUGCUGCUGCUGCUGCUGGUUCUAGUGGUGGUGGUGGUGGUGGACUGAGGCCAUCCGUCUUGAGAGAUGAGAUCGCGGGCCGGCUCUCGUCGGCACCAGCAUCUGCCUCGUCGCCGGUGUGCCGUGGACACCCGUCCUCCCAAACGGGGGAGACUGGGUUCGCCGCGGCCAGGGGCGGAGGCGGGGACGGCUGUGUGCAGGGUGCCACCUGCCAAACGGAGGCGGGAGAGACGGGCGAAGGGUCGGGUGAGGGUGACGCCCGGAUUGGAGGGGCGGUGAGGGCGGUGGUCGGGCUUGCGGUAGCUAGCGGUGGGUGCGCUGCUACCGCAGCAUCUUGUCCGGUUACCGCCGGAGCCGUCGCCAAGAAGUUACAGAAGGACACCCGCCAAUGGGUUUUGGAGAUGCGUGAUGGCCGGAAGGCGAAAAAACAGGGAAAAAAGGAGGAAAAGAAGAGAAGGGAGGAAGAGUCGGCAGCUCGUCGGCGACGUGCUCAAAAGAGCCAGCCAGCGUCUGCGGCCGCCGAUACUCCUAAGCACGGCGGCGGCGAAAGCGCCGGGGCAACCGCUAUCGUGAAGCCGAAGGCAGCCCGGCACAAAACCUCCGACGAGCUCGCCGUUCUCGCUUUCCAGCGACGCCGAGGUGCCAUUCACGGGGAACGGAGGGACCGCGGGUCGACGACCUUCCGUCAACACCGCCGGGUUUGGCGUUGGGGUGGGCUCGGUCUUGCAGCCCCCACCGCCACGGACGCCGCCCCCCCAGCCACCGCUGCCACAGCCAACACCGCCGCCACCGCCCCCGUCGACACCGCUGCCGCCCCCACCGCCGCUGCCGCCGUCACGCCCACCGAUGCUAACACCGCCGCCACCACCACGACCACCCAAGGAGCCGCACUAUCCUCCGGGAAAAAUAACUCCGAGAUCUCCGGCGGUGCAUCGUCGGGCGGGGCAAAGCGGAAGCCGCCGGCUCGACCGCUGCUGGGCGCACCCAGCAAGAGGGGCCUCCAAAACAGCUCGUCAGCCAAUUUGUGUUGCGUAAAUGCAGUCUUGCAGCUGCUACGCCACUGCCCGCAGCUUCGCGAGGGGCUAUCGGCCUACCCCAGGACCUUCUCCGCCACCAACGCGCCCGGCAACAGCUCGACACGCGCAGCCAAAGAGAAACGUGAGAAGCAGUUGGCUACUCGAGGGAUGGCCAUGUUGAUGAAGCUACAACGAGGCCAGCAGGGGGAUGCUCACCUAAUCCUCAUGAAGCUCCUAGACGCGCUUUCCGUAGCUUCGGAGAGCGGCGGAACGGUGUCGUCGGGGAAGGACACGAAGGAGCACACCUUGACGGUUCCUUUAUUGUCUGCUGACGGCAACGGCAAGCUGCCUGGGGAUGUCAAGGCGCUUCUUACGAAGAAGUUCGCCACGACCAGCCUCUCCCCGUGCUACGCAUGCCAGGGACUCGCCGAGGUGCGAGCCCACAAGGGGGAGUGGUUGGAGAUGCUGCGGCAUCAGAUGGGAGGCACCACGUCGGUGUCGGAGUCGGUCGAGGCACCGCAGACGGCGGAGCACGCCUGCUUGUACGACAUCGUCGAACUUCUCCUUGACCAGACGAUGGCAAUGCUGUGUCCUAGGCUCGAAGGAGAGUCGAGCGCAAGGAGACAAACGAUGGAAUCAGCGGCAUCUCGGCUGCGGCCAAUACUCCGUUCAGGAGGGGCGGAGGACGCGAUCGAGACGACUCUGGGGGGGGGUGUGGUGGACGACGCGAUGAUCCUGUUGCUGGAGGGGAUCACGCUUCUCGCCCAGACGACCCGUGAGGAGGCCCCCAACCAGAGAGCCGCUGAAUACGUGCGGCGGAUAUCGGAGUCGUUGAAGGGAAAGGCGCAGCACGACAGCAACGUGGGGCUAAGCUCGAUGGAGGAGCAAAGCUGGCUGAAAAAAUGCCCGCGGACAGUACUGCUAUACUUGAUGCGCUUCGCCUACACGACGCGCGGCGAGAAACUGAUCCACGAUGUCUACAUCCCCAAGGAGAUCGAUAUGGCGCCGUACAUCGGCCCACCUACCAGCAGAGCCGGAGCCCGGCAGCCGGACAUGUACGACCUCAACGGAGUCGUGCACCACAUCGGCCAAACGACCAACAAGGGGCACUACGUUGCCUUUGUCCGCCUGCCUGGAGAGGGGUGGCUUCGAUACGACGACGCCAAAGUCACCGGAGUUACCGACAGUGACGUGCGGACCCAGAACGCGCUCAUUCUGUCGUACACUCGCCGAUCAGGCUAG